UUGUUCUUGUAGAAAGUUAGAAACUGCCCAUAUAGUUCUGAACCAUGUAGCUCCAAAUACUAUAAUAAAACUUUCUAUUGUCCUUUUUCUUUUCUUUUUUCUUUUGAACUGCAAUUUUCUACUGUCGUUGACCGCUCCAAAACUCCUAUAUAUAUCCAUCACCUUACAGGACACUAGUUCCGUGCCCAAAUUCAAUACUAUUUAACCAUUUUCCUUUCAUAUUAUCUUAGCAAAUUGAAAUGGAAAAGGAUCAAAUUGGCACUAAAACUGCAACAAGCAGGGUGUAUGAGGAUUUGUUACCAGUGAUGGCAGAGAAGCUUGAUGUCGAUUCCUUUGUGUCAGAGUUAUGCGGUGGCUUUCGGCUCCUGGCAGACCCUGAGAAAAGAUUGAUAACAUCAGAGAGCCUGAGGAGAAAUUCAGCACUUCUAGGUAUGGAAGGGAUGAGCAAAGAAGACUCAGAGGAGAUGGUACGAGAGGGAGAUCUUGAUGGGGAUGGAGCACUCAAUGAAACGGAAUUUUGCAUCCUGAUGGUCAGACUUAGCCCUGAAAUGAUGGAGGAUGCUGAAGACUGGCUUCAGAAGGCGAUUGAUCAUGAGUUGGGGAAGUCGUCACCUUGAUCUCUUUCUGUAUUUCUUUUACUUGUUCGGUAAAUCAUUGUAUCGCUUUGAUAAAUAUGUUAAGGAAUGAGUAUUGAUCAUAUUGAUUAAAAA